AUGGAUGUUAAUUGUUGUCCACGCAACGACUUUUCGUUUCCAACAAAGAAUAGCACAAAGGAUAUUAUUUCCACAUGGCCAACAUCAUUAACUGGAAAUCUCACAAAUGACAAUAUCUUCGAUCAAGAAAAUAAACAAUUUCAAGACUAUAUUCUACGUAAUACUUCAAAUUUGAUUUCACUUGAACAAUCGUCAUCAUCAUCCUUAUCAUGCGUUUUGCCAUUUCAACAAUUGGUUCUCAAUGAUCUUGCAACGCAACAUAAUUCAUCGAUUUUUCCAUUCACCAAUUUAAAUGAACCCUUACCAUUCAGUGCAAGUCAUCAAACUAACAUCAAUGACGAAAACGCUCGUCCACCCUGGUUACUUUCAUUAGCACCAGUUUCGCAGAUUUCGCCACCAUAUUCGCAACAAAACCAACAACAACAACAACAACAACUACCACCACCGCAACAGCAGCCACAGCCACAACAAUCCAUUCUUCCAAUGAUUUCACCUGUACAAGACGAUUCAACAGAAAACAUUCGCCAUUGGAUUGGCGAUUUUUCCACUGAACAAACCAAUUCGAAUAAUACAAGCAAUUCGUCUAGUGGUCUCCAGCAAAUUCCAUUACUUUCACAAAAAGUAUUCAUUGGUGGCGUACCACGUUUUGCAACUGAAACUGACAUUCACGCUAAUUUUGAUCGUUUUGGCGUCUUUGAAAUUCAAUGGCCCAAACUACACGGUGGACACAAAGAGCAACAUCGCGAAAAUGGCUUCUUUCAUAUUGUUUUCCACAACGCGAAAUCAGUUUGUGCUUUGUUAGAUAAUUGCUCGCGUCAUACAAACAAUAGCGCAUGUGCUGACUAUUUCAUCCAUUUCGAAACUGCAACUGGCUCAAGAAAAACUGUCGAAGUCAUUCCAUGGAAUAUUGGAGAUAAUAAUUAUGCUUUACGCCCACCGCAACAACUUGAUUCAAAGAAAACGAUCUUCGUUGGAAAUCUUCAUGGUACAAUGACCGCACGAUAUUUAUGGCGUUUAAUGGAAGAUUUAUUCGGUGGUGCUGUCUAUGCCGGCGUAGACAUCGAUAAAUACAAAUAUCCAAUCGGCAGUGGUCGUGUCACAUUCGAUAACAGCUCUAGUUUUCUCCACGCUGUUUCUACUGCGUUUGUUGAUGUACGCACUCCACGUUUUCUCAAACGUCUUCAAAUCGAACCACACUUACAAUACCGAUUUUGUUCAUUGUGUAAAACUGCUGCUGGUGAUUUAUUCUGUCGAAAUUUCGCUUGUUUCGAUUACUUUUGUCAACGAUGUUGGCAAAAGAUUCACAUCGGUAGCAUGGCAUCACACAAAGCAGUGACACGUCAUUCAAAAUCUUCUCAACCAGUCUUUCAUCCCAUUCAGCAACAAUCACUUCCUCAACCAGUCGAUUGCGUUGUUGGAAGCAAUGGAUUUUAA